UGGCAGUGCACGGCAAACCCCUUUGAAUUAACCACAGUGGUCGUUCACUUUUCGCGCCCCCACUGCUCUGCAUUUCCGACCAACAAACACGUUCGUUUCUUGAUCAUCACAUAGGCUGUAUCAACACAACAUCACGUUGUGAAUUUACGGCAUAUAAUGAGCGCCGAUGUUCAACGGCGAGUGUCCAAAGGUCCGUUAGGCUGGUUCAGAGGGAAGGACAAAUCACAUCCGACGGCUGGGAAGCUCGCUAAGGGCGGGCCCAGACCGAUGCCCGUUAACGGGCCUCGCAAGAUGGGAAUCCCAACUUCUGUCUCGGCAGACGCUCUUGCUGAGCCUAGGGAGCCUCGCACAGAACCUCAUGCGCCACAACUUUCGACAUCGACGCCAUCAUCGCCUGUUUCAGCGACCCCUCAGAUGUGGAUUGAGGAGCCAUCUUCAGAUUCACAAUCAGCCCGCACCAUGCAACGCGUUCCAUCUUGGGCGUCUCCGAGGCCUGUAGUUGGAGAUUGGAAUGCCUCCGCUGCCAUUUCCCAUCCACGAUAUCACAUACAUGAGCCCACUGGUCCACCUUAUUAUAUCAAUUACCACCUCAAACCUCCUCCCAAUGCAGCGCCGCGAACAUCCUUUCCUCCCACCUUAGGAACCUCUUCCGCACAAACCACUAGCCAAGUUUCAUCUCAUAGGUUUGAGUCCCAGCAGAGCCUGCUGAGAGGUUAUAUGGAUGACGUGGAUUCUCUGGACGUUUCGGAUCCCAAUGGUACCCGAUGGCACCAUACCAGUCCCUAUGACAUCGGUCGUAGGGCUGCUCCGCGGCCAAAAAGCAUGGCAAUUGGACCAGGCGUUGGCACUUAUGCCGGCGCGAUUGAGGGGAGUGAGAUUGUUGAAUUUAACCCACUCUAUGCACCCUCUUCAUCCUCUUCGAGUUCCUUGUCUCCCAACCGUGUCCACCCAAGAUCCCGGAGCUCUUCACACACUCGCUUUGCACCUUCCCCGUUGUCACAAUCCACUUCGGUAGACAAUUUCGGCAGGUCAUCUAUGGAGCGAGGGACGUCAUCCUCUCUUCCUUCGACUCUACCGCCCAGCAGUUCUGCCCACCAUCCCCCUGUACUCAUCGGCACCUCGACAACGAGCCUUCAUGAUGAUGAUCCUGACUUGCCGCUAGAACCUCCUGAUCAGGGCUUUAAGUCUCGUUCAUCAUCUCCUCUAAAGCAUUCGAUCGAGCCCACCUUAUCUCCUGCUCGAUCUUCACCUUCGACGCUGCGGAAUGAGCCUAAUACCAACUCGGCCAAGUUGUCGAAGAAGGGCUCAGUCAAACGUCCCGAAAACAGGCUGUUUGCAAUGUUUGGUACAUCGCCUCAGUGGUCUUCCAAAGCCCAAGGUGGGUCGGAACUACAGCCUGGGAAACCUAACAGGCGGAGAUCCGUAUCGGCGACCGCUUACGGGUCCCAAAGCAGCCGAGCAAGACCCAACUCACACCGAUCACGAAGAGCGUCAACAUCGGGCCCCCCUCGAGAGACAUCGCCUACGAAGGCACCCGCGGCAAUAUCUGGCCCCACCCCUCUGAAACCGCCCGUAGCAAAAAAUUCGCUAAAUCCUCAAUCAAGCGAAAAGUCGGAAAAACGUGGAAGUUUUCUUGGGCGGCUUGUGAAGAAAUUUAGCAUGAUGGGUAGAUCUUCCCCAACUCCACUGACCGAGAGUAGAGAGAUACCUGGCAUGCAGCGAAUAUCGACUGAUUCUCGCGGUGCAUCGUUCGAAUUCCCCCGACCAUCUCAGUCAUCUCUGGUUAAGCAACCCGUGGCCCCAAUACCAGAGGACUCUUCAAAUAUGAACCAAAACGUUGGAUCGACGCUCCCUUCUCCACCUCCUUCGCCAUCAUCUGAACUUCCAUAUCAUCUCUCUACACCAAAGGUCGUUUCGACCUUACUUGAAGACCCUCCAUCCCCUCCAAGCUCCCCACUACCAUUGAUGGCACUGACUGUUGCAAAUCCAGAUAUCCUAGUUCCAAGGACGCCAACUCCGCCAAGACCUGCCGAGCUCCUCGAUAACCCUGACGUGCCUAAGGCCAAGGACUUGAACUCAACGCAAGCGGAGCCAUCGCUCUCCCAUUUGUCUAUCUUCGGCCACGAACAAGAUUCGGGUGUCGUGCCUGCAGUGUCACGCCCUCGCUACACCCGCGACAGUAAGGGCCGCUUAGAGCGCAUCCGCGAUGAGGAGACAGAUACUUGGCGUGCCUCAAGGGGCUCAUCAGAUAGCGCCCCACACCACGAGCCGACACCUCACCAUUAUCGCCAAUUUGUAUCUAGAACCACGGUCCCAUUAAAAUCUGAUGGGGAACCUGACAGGGAGCGUGCUGAGGGCGAUUACAGACGAAACGACAGAAGAAGGCAUUCCAGGAGUCGUGAUAGUCGUUAUGAGUCCGAGGGCUCACACCACAAACGUUCCAUUGACCACGAACAGGACAAUCGUCGUGACAAAGAUUCAGACGGACGGAGCUACACGGAACGUCGUUCUCGGGGCCUGGAGCUCGAAUCGUCAAAAGGCAUUUCUGCAUCAUUGUUCAAACACGAUGGCGAGGGCAAACUCAAAGGGGACAGUGAGAAGACAACCACGAAGCACCAAUCCCUUGCUACCGACGAUGAAAUCUCUGGGAGCACGGCCCCAUCACCUUCCAAACGGGAGCGAAAACGUGGAGACGCAAGUAGUUCGGCGGGCCAGAGUCAUUCCCGCGGGGGAAAUAAUGGACAGUCCGACGACCCAGUCCCAUUGCCAUCAUCCCAUGAUAGAGCCGAAGAUGAUAAAAAGGAAGCUCGCCGUCGACGUAGAGAGGAGAGGGAGAAGGAACGUGAAGAGAGGCAACGUGCUCGUGAACGGGCAGUGGCUCAGUCGCCCACUAAAACGCGACCGUCACGUAGUUCGGACAAGGAACGGAAAAAUCCUGAUGACAGAGGUAAUGUCAAUGCUGGUUCGGAAGCACAGACUUCGCCUCUCGCUAUCCAUGAGCGGCCAUCUCGCGACCAGGGCGAGUCCAGUGCCGCGGAAUCGUCUUCCACUCCCCAGGGGAAGCAUCCAACCAGGGCGUUCCCAGCAGUGCAGUCUUCGGGAUGGAGCUCCGAUCAGUCAACGCCGCCUAUUUCGGGCGUGACAAGGUCAAGACCUACAAGGAGGAAGCAGCCAUCGAUUGAGACUAUAUCUGCAUUGGGUAAGGAAUGGGAAGUGGUGCCCGAACCGUCUAAGCGCCACCGAUCAAGCAGCCGGAGCCGAAGCCGUGCGACCUCAGAUCAGGAAAAGCUACGAGACGCUGUCAGGGCAAUGAUGGAAAGUUCAUCAAGUGGUAGUCCAACGCACAAGAAGUCUAUCACGCGUCAAAUCAUCAAAAUCCGUCGUAGCUUAAGCGCUGAUUCUCUCGUCACUUCCUCAUCGCGCGUGCCUCCCACUGUACCUCCCACGCCGCCUCCAAAGCUUUCCGCGCCCCGCGACACUCGCCCGCCUACAGCCAGACGACCUUCUGUGGCUCGACGUGCGAACACGCCCUCGUCUCGGGGCUCCAGCCCCUCUCCUACUUUGGACAAGUUUUCGAUCAGUCCUACGUCUAUACAGCGGAUCUCGCAUGAAUCUCAGCCCAAAGCAUCGCUUUCCCUUGUAUCACCCUCCUCUAGACCACCUUCCACUCCUUUGUCAAAGCCAUCGUCUUCCGAGCCCAUAAGAUCACGAACGUCACGGCGAGGAUACCAUCAUGCGUCAGCAUCUUCUGAGGACGUCACGCGGCCUCUCCGGGGUAUUGAAAUUAAGGCGAGCAAUGACUGGGAUCAGCAGCGUGCCAAGAAAGGCCAGAGCUGGUCUGUGACAGAUGUGGCGAAUGAGGAAGAUAGGCGCCUGCAGUUGCACUUGGCUGUUAUCCCCACGAAUGGCCAGAAAGCGACGGAUAACUCUGCGACUGGGCUCGCCAAAGGGACCUCUGUGGAUAGGGUGGGCAGCUCGCAUACUUCAUUCAGGCUCCAGGCUCCAUUAGCCCCUAUACCUGCGGCAAAACACUAUGCUACGGCUCCCCCACAUCCUCCCGAACGUUCUAAUACAAUGCCCGUCGCCAGUACCCAUGGAUACUACACACACUCUCCUUACUAUUCUCAUGCCCUCUCUCAGGCUCAGGGCUCGGCCACCUAUUAUACCCAUUUACAGUAUACACCCUCCCCAUCUGCAUCACCGUGCCCCCACCCUUCCGCCUUGCAAGCGUAUCAAACAAGUCCGACGUCUCAUCCUGCAUCCUCUCCUUACCAGUAUGCCCAUAUGCUCGCCUAUACACCUUCCUCAAGUGCAACCCAUCUACCGUCUACGUCACAACAACAUCCCCCCAAUUUACAUUCAUAUCCAUCUCAUCACGGCACCAGAGCAAAUGUCCCUGCGAGACCUGGCACAUACGUACAAUUUUCAUCCCGAGCGUCAUACCCCAUUGCACAGUUCCCACAACCCCCUUACCCUGCGUCCUCCCCGCAAUGGAGCAACCAAUCAUCCGCGCAUCAACCCUAGACAUUAGGUUAAGGCACGCGGGCGUCCCUAAUCGACACUGCAACUAAUUGUACGCAACAGUUAUACCUAGUUACCAACCACCCGACCAAAGUAUUCAUGUUUCGUGAUGCAUUCUCGGACUUAGCCAUUUUACACUUUACCAUUCCUCACAUAGGAUGGUCAGACCCCAUUCUAUCUGCAUCCGGACCCACUCUUUUUUCAAUCAUUUCGAUUUGUCCUAUCAUUCUCCCUGCAAUGCCGUUCCGGCUAGUUUGCGACUACCUUUCCAGUCGAUAUCUCCCACCCUGCUCAUCCACUUUUUACAUGCAUUCAUGACUCCCGUUCAUUUGUUGUUCCUCCAAUCAGACGCUGUCGUUCAAUCUGUGCUGUUAGCCGCAA